AGAGUUCGCUCAGAAGGCGGAAGUUUGUGUGCGGGAGGCAGCGAAGCGGAGCUGAGGUGGUGUUAGCCAGCGUUGCCUGCGGCUCUUCCGGGUCUCUGCCCCACUCCCGGGAGGCGGAGGCGGGAGCUGGGAGCAUGGCUGCGAGGCUGCCGCGUAGCCUGGCAGGGUCUGGAGGCUGACGUCCGCCACGGCUGUCCGCCCGCCCCUUGCUCCAGGUUCAGAGUUUAGCUAGGGUCGCGCUGUCCCGGCCGCCGGACCCUCAAAAUGACCGCGGCCUCCACCUCCAAGUGGGGGCUGGUCACGAACGUGGUAAACAGCAUCGUGGGGGUCAGCGUCCUCACCAUGCCGUUCUGCUUCAAACAGUGCGGCAUCGUCCUGGGGGCCCUGCUCUUGGUCUUCUGCUCCUGGAUGACGCACCAGUCCUGCAUGUUCUUGGUGAAGUCGGCCAGCCUGAGCAAGAGGAGAACCUACGCCGGCCUGGCGUUCCAUGCCUACGGCAAGGCCGGGAAGAUGCUGGUGGAGACCAGCAUGAUUGGGCUGAUGCUGGGGACCUGCGUCGCCUUCUACGUCGUCAUCGGCGACUUGGGCUCCAACUUCCUUGGCCCGCUGUUCGGAUUACGGGUGACCAGCCACCUGCGCGUGUUCCUGCUCUUCGCAGUGUCGCUGUGCAUCGUGCUGCCGCUGAGCUUGCAGAGAAACAUGAUGGCCUCCAUCCAGUCCUUCAGUGCCAUGGCGCUCCUCUUCUACACCGUCUUCAUGCUUGUGAUCGUGCUGUCUUCCUUUAAGCACGGCCUCUUCAGUGGGCAGUGGCUGCAGCGGGUCAGCUACAUCCGCUGGGAGGGCGUUUUCCGCUGUGUCCCCAUCUUUGGCAUGUCCUUUGCCUGUCAGUCCCAGGUCCUGCCCACCUAUGACAGUCUGGACGAGCCAUCGGUGAAGACCAUGAGUUCCAUAUUUGCCUCCUCCCUCAACGUGGUCACUGCCUUCUAUGUCAUGGUGGGCUUUUUUGGUUACGUCAGCUUCACUGAUGCCACUGCAGGCAAUGUGCUGAUCCACUUCCCCUCCAGCCUGGUGACUGAGAUGAUCCGAGUGGGCUUCGUGAUGUCUGUGGCCGUGGGCUUCCCCAUGAUGAUCCUCCCGUGCAGACAGGCCCUGAGCACACUGCUGUUUGAGCAGCAGCAAAAAGAUGGAACCUUCACUGCUGGAGGUUACAUGCCCCCGCUCCGGUUUAAAGUCCUCACCCUCUCGGUGGUGUUUGGAACCAUGGUUGGUGGAAUCCUGAUCCCCAAUGUGGAAACCAUACUUGGCCUCACAGGGGCGACAAUGGGGAGCCUCAUCUGCUUCAUCUGCCCGGCUCUGAUCUAUAAGAAAGCCCACAAGAAUGCCCCCUCAGCCCAGGUGGUACUCUGGGUCGGCCUGGGCAUCCUGGUGGUCAGCACACUCACUACCCUGUCUGUGAGUGAAGAAGCCCCUCUGGACUUGACGCAAGAAGCUCGUGGAGGCCGGCGAGGAGAUGCCGCGGGCGGGAUGAAGGUGGAGGCAGCCCGGCUGUCAGACCAGGAGCCCAUGGAGGUUGCUGAUGGCCAAGAGAAGCCAAAGCCGCCAGAGGACAAAGAGGCGCUGGAGCAGGCCCAGAUUAAGGGCCCAGUGGAUGUAGCUGGAGGGGAAGCCCCCAAGGAGAAGCAGGAAGCCGCACAGCUGGAUCGCCCAGGUCAGGGUGUUGCUGUCCCUGUGGGUGAGGCCCAUCGCCAUGAGCCUCCUGUUCCUCAUGACAGAGUGCUUGUGGACGAAGGUCAAGACCGAGAAGGGCCAGAGGAGGAAAAGCCACCCCCCAGGCUCCCACAUGAAGGAGACCCUGGGGCCAGGGGCCAAGUGGCACCACCCCCACCUGAGUCCGAGAGGGAGAAGCAGGAGCCUGAGAGGGGAGAGGAAGGGAAGAGACCCGAGCAAGCACUGGCAGUGAGGGAAGCUGAACAUCCUCAGAAGGUUCCAGAAGCAAAUGGUCAGCCACCUGUGCAGCCCGGGAAGGAGGACUCCAGACCAGGCAAUAGCGAUCUGCAUCCAGUCCCCCAGGCCAGGCUCUCUGUGGAGCAGAAUGCUCUGGUGGCAGGUGAUGGUGAGGAGGCCGCACAGAAGGCUGGAGGGGCCCCAUGGAAGCCCAUGGAGAGUGCUGUGGAGAGCAAUGCUGGUGGGAAGGAGGGUCUCCCUGUGCAGAGGCCGGAGGCUGCAGAUCAGAGGGAGCAGGCGGAGGCCGAGCAACCCGGUGGAGACCAGGCAGGGAGCAAGCUGGAAGCUGAGAUUAAAAAGCUAGUCGCAGAAGCUGGGAGGGCAGAGAUGCUGGACCAUGCCGUGCUGCUGCAGGUGAUCAAAGAGCAGCAGGUGCAGCAGAAGCGCCUCCUGGACCAGCAGGAGAAGCUGCUCCAGGUGAUCGAGGAGCAGCACAAGGAGAUCCGGCAGCAGCGGCAGGAGGACGAGGAGGACAGGCCUAAGCCUGCCGACAUGCAGCCAGAGCCCGGGGCGGCUGCACUCAGAGGCCAGGAGGCGGCCCUGGAUGAACAUGCUGGGGAGACACUGGAAGAAGACCCUUCACAGCCUUUGAACCCUGUGCUUGGAGCUCCCAGGGGUCGCCCUGCUCCAUCCCAAGAGAUGGGCCAGCACUCCCUGGGGGAAGCCAGGGUGGUGCCAGGCAGAGACCUUGCUGACCUUCCUGCUGGUGUCUCUAAUACGAAGCCCCAGGGGGGCCCAGCAAAGCUGCGAGAAGAUCAGAAAGGUGCUGCGCUCAAUGUUGGAGCUGGCGCUGUGAGGGAGCAGGUCCCAGGGGACUUGGGACCAGCGCUCAAGCCAGACCCUGCUGGGGAACCCAAGAAUGCAGAGAAGCAGCGUGCAGAGGCAGUUGCCAGGCAGCACCAAGCUGUCCUUGGUGGCGGUUCCCAGGAGGGGAAGGAAACUGAAAGGGAAGCCAUGGCCCCUGGUGCUGACACUUGGAAAGAGGCUGCCCAGCCCUCGGCAGGGGCGGAAGCUCAGGACCCCCACACGCAGUCCAGGCGAUCUGGGCCCACCAUGCGCCCACCCAGCAGGCCAGCAGGUGCAGGCUCUCAGCUCCGGGCCAGGCUUCAGCAGGAACUCCAGGACGGCUUUGACAAAGGUCGGGGUUCUCAACUCGAGGUAAGAAGUGAGGCUCCCCGAGGGGUUCACAUACCUGCUGAGGACCAGCCCAGGGGAAAGGGGGGUGCUGCCAUCCAGGAGGCAAAGCAGAGGCCAGAUCCUAACUCUGGGCCCAGACUAGCUGUGCCUGAGGGUCAGAAGCCAGAGAACGCCAAACCCAACCGAGACCUAAAAGUGCAGGCUGGCUCUGACCUCCGGAGGAGACGGCGGGACCUUGCCUCGCAUCCCGAGAAGGAGCCGGCCCCCAAGGAUGGGGUCAUCAUUAGCUUUAACUCCCUGCCUGACGUACAAGUGAACGACCUGCGCAGUGCUCUGGACACCCAGCUCCGCCAGGCUGCAGGGGCCGCCCUGCAAGUGGUCCAUAGCCGGCAGAUCAGGCAGCUGCCUGGAGGUGGAGAGGAGGCCUGAGAACCCGCUGUCCAGUGUCGGGCACAGCUGGCGUGCUCUGGUGGAACUGCAGCUGGAGGCCACAUUCUCAUGUGAUGAGUCAUGAAAGUCUGACCUGCCACCCCACCCUAGACGCCCUGUCACCCCAAGGCUAUGCCAAAGCACUCACUAGUCCAAA